GCGGAGCAUAGAGAACAUUCCGCACCAGUCUUCCUCCGACUCUGUGGCUACCUUUCUGUCUCUGACUCGCAAGAAAACUCGGACUUUUAUACCGGAGCUAAAUUUAGGGGGCUGGUCGGUGCGCAUUGUCUCCAUCCUGGACGAGCUCCCUUCCCCCUGCCUCGCAUUGGUCUGAUUUUUGCAGCGAUAUUUAUAAGAAAAGUAGUUCCUUCCAGAUGCACAGCUGCACAUGAGUGAGGAACAGCAGCUCAUCAGUCGGCAGAAGAAACGACGCGCUCUACAGGCUUUUUUCCUGGACAGUCAGCAGACCAGAAACUUUCUUUACACCAAAAAGAAGUGCCCUUUUCUGAGUAAUUAAGGACUCUUCAGCUUCAUAUAAUCACGUAUGGAAAUGGCCUUGAGUGGGACCAUUUUACCCUCAAUCUCUACGUUUGCUAACCAAAAGGAGAAAUGUUGGGAAGAUAGGUGGAAGUGCGAACUGGGCAUGGACAGCAGCUGCCUAGGCAGAAGAGACGAAGAGGACCUGGAUAAGUUCUUGGAUCUUGAAUUUAUUCUCGCAAACACGGCCGGCUCUGACAGUCCGCCAGCCACCGGAACAGAAGCAGAGCCCUACCGAUUUCAGGAGUCCGGGGCGUCCGUGUAUCACCAGCAACAGCACAGUGGGAUGCCCCAGCAGCCGGCCAGUUACACUACUGUCCCAGACAUGAACAGCCGUCCACCACCCUACAACAGCCUGAUGGCGGAGCUCCUCCGUUCAGACGUGGAUACCGGCUUCCUCCCGGGCAGCAGCCCCACUAUCCAGGGGAGAUUCUUGAUCGGCUCGGCGUCUUUCCAGACCACCCAGGAUUUAUUCCCUGAGCACCCGAACAUUAAAGCUGAGCCUGUUUCAGUGGACACGUACGGACCUGUGAUGGGUCUGGUGCCUCAGAGCUGCACUAAAGUCAAGCAUGAAGGGAACGUCUCCUGCAUGAUGUCUUACGAGCAGCAGCCGCGGCUGGCCAACUCGCCGCAGGCCGCGUUGGGCAGCAUGACCCCGCCGCUCAGUCCGGUCGAUCUGAUGAGCUCCGAGUGUCAGCAGCCACAGAUGUGCAACUCCACAUCGCUGACGUUCCCACAGAGGUUCCAUCCCCACCACCGCAGCGCGCCAGGGGGAUUUACUCAGCAGCACAACGGGAUGCAGCUCCCCUUCUCCGGGGCGCACCACCAUCACCAGUUCCCCGGCAUCUUCGUCGAGGACGCGGCCAUGGGCAUGCAGCAGCAGCCGGCGGCCGGCCAGCGGGUGCUGCUCACCCCGCCGUCCUCCCCGCUAGAAAUGAUGGACACUAAGCCUAAAAGGGGUCGUCGGUCCUGGCCGAGGAAACGGACUGCGACUCACACCUGCACUUUCAGUGGCUGUGGAAAGACCUACACCAAGAGCUCCCACCUGAAGGCGCAUCUCAGGACGCACACAGGAGAGAAACCGUACCACUGCAGUUGGGAAGGCUGCGGCUGGAAGUUCGCUCGUUCGGAUGAGCUCACACGUCACUUCAGGAAGCACACCGGGCACCGGCCAUUCCAGUGUCACCUGUGUGAACGUGCUUUCUCCCGAUCUGACCAUCUGGCUCUGCACAUGAAAAGGCACAUGUGAGGAGAGUCCCGUGGGUCGUGAAAGGAACAGAUAAGGACUUGUAUGCACCGCAUCAACAAGACUAAGAGAGCUCUGCUCUAGUAAUCCUGUGGUCAGCUAUAGGCGGAUGCUCUGAAGACAUACAGGCCAGAUACAACUUCCUAUAGAAGUAUUAACUGGAGUGGUACCAUGGCAGCUUAAACUGCCAUACAGUAUGAUGAAGCCACUAUUGACUACACUGUAAUAUCUAUAUGUAUGUUAUAUGAAUAUUAUAGUGAUUUUUCAUUGUGUAAUGAAGCAUCGAGAUGAGAUGUCCUCAUAUAAAGCUAUAUUUUGUAAAUUUUUUUUAAAAAUAAGACAGAAAGAAAAAAGAAAAAACCGAAGUGAAAAAUUUAUUUAAAUGUUAUUUUUGACAGAAAUGACAAGCAAAACACAAAUAACAAGCAAAUGGAGCCAGAUAUGACAGAAACAGAUGAAUUCUGUUCAGAUUUCUUUCAGAACUAUGUAGCUGGUACUACAUCUUUGUAUUAAAUGCUGUUUAUAUAGACAGCAAGUGGAAGGAACACACUCAACAUGUCAGGCACAUGCCACUGAAGCAACUGGACACAGAUAAUCCAUUGAAGAGGGAUGUCUUUCUUUGUAUUUUCACCAUUAGUGCCUUUUAUAUCAAAUUAUUACACAUCUUACGAGUGCCAUAUUUUCUACUGGCUAAAAGACUAUAAAAGUUUUAUUCUGUGUUAUAUUUUAAGUGUAAAAACACACGAAACAAGCUUUGAGACAAUGUUUUGUUCUAAAACUGCCUUUCAUUAUGUCCUCCUUGAAGGCUUGAACUGAAUGUCAUGUCUGUGAGUCUGUCUGUUGUCUACUAGCAUUUUAAGUCAGGGUCUUCCAAUAGAAAUUCUCACAGAAGUGCAUGUCAUCUCAGCUCCUCGUGAUUGACAAAGGGCUACACAGUCUUUGGCAAUAACAGUUGUUACUUUGUGUCUUGAAGAAAUGUACUGCCUUGUAAAUAAAAUCUUUUUAUAUAAUGUAAAUAGUUUAUUUUAAUGUACAUAUUAAACUAAAUGGACAACAUGA